UCUUACUUGUUUUAUCUUCUCUUCUCUUGUUUAUACGCCAAGCUGCUCUUUUUUCGCCGGAAUUUCAGUGGGUUUUUUCUUCUUUAGCUCUUCACUAUCUAUCUGGUCUGAAUUCUUAAACUAAUCACCAUUGUGUCGAUUAAUUGAACCACCCAUGAUUUUGGUGAAAAUGGAUGAGUUAAAAGCCACUUGGGUUUCAACGGAUUUGUUCAAAGGAACAUUCUUGACACAUGGACUAAAAGCACAGAUGUCUUGAUAUGUCACUUUGAUACAAGUAAGCUCGUGGAGGUGAUCUUCAAGAGAGGUCGCCAGUCUGAAGUUUCUGGAGUAUAAAAAUCUGUAGUUAGUUCGAAGUUUUGUGUUCAAAUGGCUGAUGUUCCAGAGAGGUUGUCAGUCUCCUCGUCUUCAUCCUCGUCAUCAUCAUCUUUGUCACCAUCAUCUUUGUCACCAUCAACAAUGCCAAUAGAUGGAGAAUUGUGGAUGAUUGCCGAGGAAAGGGCUCAGGAGAUAAUAAACGCCAUCCAACCGGUCAUUGCUUCAGACAGAAGUAGGAACGAGAUCAUCGAGUAUCUCCAGACCCUUAUUAAGGAUCGUCUUGGAAUUGAGGUCUUUAUAUUUGGCUCGGUGCCACUAAAAACCUAUCUCCCAGAUGGAGAUAUUGAUCUGACAGUCCUAACUCCUCAAGAUAAGGAGGAGGAAUUGGCUACUGCAUUGCGCGUUAUGCUUGAAGCUGAAAAAGGAGAAUCUGAUUUCCGUAUAACUGAUGUUCAAUAUAUCGCAGCACAGGUUAAGCUCAUAAAAUGCAUUAUCAGGAACAUUGCUAUAGAUAUCUCCUUCAAUCAAAUGGCAGGACUCUCCGCUUUAUGCUUUCUGGAGCAGGUUGACCAUAGAUUUGGGAGAGACCAUCUGUUCAAACGUAGCGUCAUUUUGAUUAAGGCAUGGUGCUAUUAUGAGAGCCGUAUUCUCGGUGCCAACAUUGGAUUGAUUUCAACAUAUGCAUUGGCAAUACUAGUCUUGCAUAUCAUCAACAUAUCUUAUUCAUCAUUGUCUGGCCCUUUAGCGGUACUGUUUAAGUUUUUGGAAUACUACAGAACAUUUGAUUGGGACAAUUACUGUAUCACUGUCAAUGGUCAGGUUCCAAUAUCUUCUCUUCCAGAUAUUACGGAAACCGGGCAACAAGAAGUUUUCCUGAACGAGACGUUCUUAAGAGAAUGCAUGGAGUUAUAUUCGGUUCCAACCAAAACUGUGGAAGCAAAUGGCCAACAUUUUCCUGUAAAACAUCUCAACAUAGUGGAUCCUCUGAAACAUAGUAACAACCUGGGACGUAGUGUGACCCAAGGCAAUUUGCAACGUAUAAAACGUGCUUUUACAUUAGGAGCUCGAAAGCUGAGAGAUGUGCUUACAGUACCUGGAGAAACCAUGGGGUGGAAACUGGAGAAGUUCUUGGGUAAUUCAUUGGAGAGGAACGGUAAGGGACAAAGACAUGAUGUGGACGAACCUGUCAUCGCUUUUGGCACUGGGAGAUCAGAAUUAUCUGAACUCAGAGGAAAUUUUGAAGGAUACUUCAAUAAUCUUGUAUACGGGAGAUGGUUUCACGGUGAGCCUCCGCAAAACUGGAUCCCUCAGGGUCAAGACACAAGUUCUUGGGACGUUGUGCGUUGGUUUGUGGCCGGCCAAAAGAAUGUUUACCAUUGGAGGAAUCUGAAUGGACCAACUUCGUUGCAGAACAUGCGGAAAUCAAGAGGAACAGGCACUUAUAUUCCUGAAAUGAGUCAACAAUCUUACGCUAACAGGUUCAGUAGCAGACCAAGCCCAAGGAACUCAUUACCUUCAGCUUCUCAGACUCAACAGUCCAAACGGAACCCUUGAAUUGGUCUCUUAGGCUUUAAAAAAAUCUGCAUAAUAACUUAGGUUUAUCCUCAAAUAUUUAUUUCCCAACAGAAAACAAUGACAAGAGUUUUUUUUUUGUGGUGGUAAAUUGAAAGUUCCAUAGGUUGAAGUAGAUGAUUCUUUUCAGGAUUCAUUAGGGUUGUAAUUGACUUAUCUGAUACCUAUGAUUCAUUCAGAGAUCUC